AUGUUACGACACGGCAGAGUGCCUUCUUUGUCCUCUAUCUCUAACUUUGAUACGAGUUCGUUAGCUUCGUCUUCUGGUUCACCAAGGACCUCACCCAUGAAUUCACCCUAUGUUUCACCAGGUGGUUCACCCAGAGAAUCAUUGAAUAACCAAUUUUCGAAAGGGAGGUCCCUUCAGCCGCCACCUUCCAACACACAAAAUAAAUCCAAUUCAAGCAAUACGUUUGUUCACAAGUUGUACAACAUGGUUGUAGAUACUCAAUACCAGCAUUUGAUUGCAUGGAAUUAUACUGGCUCUUCUUUUAUUGUGUGCAACAUUAUGGAGUUCUCAAGAGAUGUCUUGCCCAAACAUUUUAAGCAUAACAACUUUAGUAGUUUUGUUAGACAACUGAACAUGUAUGGCUUCCACAAAGUCAAUAAGUCGCCUCGAGGACAUCGUACGCUGGCAGAAAACCAAAUAUGGGAGUUUUCGCAUUCAAAAUUUAUCAAAGAUAGACCAGACUUGUUGGACGAAAUCAAGCGAAAAUCAAUUGAAUCCGAGAAUAACACCAGUCGGUUUCAUCAUCAGGGCGACAUCAAUUCACAUAUGGCAAUGAUGCAGGUCUCUCAAUCAGAAAUGGUGCAGCGAUUAAUGCAAUUGCAGGACAAUUUCUCUCAAGUAGUAUGUGAAUUACAAGAGACAAGGUCAAGACAGCAAAGACAGCACUAUGUACUCAAGAAUAUGCUCGACUUUCUUUCCAAACAAGGUGCUCCAUUACAAAUGCCACCUGAAUUUAAUAUGAACGGAUUUGAGCAAACAAAUACCAAUGAAAGACCACCCUCCAUAUUCAUUACUUCUCAUGAUACAAUCGUACCUUCUCAAUCGCAAUAUAUGGCACAGCCUUCUCCUUCACCGCCUCUUCCUCCUCAUUCCUCACAAACGUCACAACCACCACCGCCACAACAGCAUCAACGCAUGCCACCUCCUGCGCUUACAGUUCAAACGCAUAAUUUAUCUUCUCAAUUCAAUUUGUCCCCAGCUAUGAGUCCAAUGGAUCCAAAUUCGCCUGCAUUAAGUGCAUAUCAUACAGCACUCAAUACACCUGUGUCUCCUAGUCCAAGUCCAUUUGUACCCGAUGAUGAUAUCCCAAGCCUUUAUAGUCCACAUAGCCCAAUUACCCCCAAUAUGUUUCUAAAUGAAUACCAACAACAACAGCAACAACAACAACAACAAAAUACAUUUUAUGCACAAAUGCCUCAAAGUAAUGAAAACUUACUUUUGAUGGAUCCUUCGGCGGGAAGACCAACGAAAAAGUCUACCUGGACUUGUCGAAAUUCUGGUAGAGGUCAAAUUUGCGAGUUUACCAACUUGUGUCUUGAUCGUUAUCGAGAUCCCUUUGUGAUUUCAGAUAAAGAACCACCUCGUGUCAAUGUGAUGAGUGCUGAUGAAUCUUCAGACAUUUGGUUCCAACCUGCUCAUUAUACCAGCAGCAGCAUAAAGACUCAGUAUAUCAAUGAAACUGUCUUUGUCUAUGGUCUUUACUCUCCACAUCAUUUCUCUCAUAUGUUAUAUAAUGGGCUGAUACCACUCUAUAGUACAAUGCAAGACUAUGGCGCAUCAGAGCAGUCCUGGACAAUGCGUGCAGGCACAUUUGAUGAUAAACAUGCCAAACUCGAUUUGUUGCUUCCUAUUCAAGGUGACCAUGAUAUUGUUCUCAAACAAGAUUAUGUGUCACUGCCUUCUUCUCAGCCCAUCUGUUUCUCACGAGCUAUUGUCGGCACAGGCAACCGAUGCUCUCAUCCCUAUUGCGAAAACCAAGUGCCUGCUAAACAUUAUGAUCUUUAUAAACAAUUUGUAUUUGAUCAACCACAUACGCAAGAUAAUGCAUGUGAAGCAUCAAGGCUUGUGUAUAAGCAACAAGGACAAUAUCGAGUAGGCAUCCUAAACAGAAAACAUUCAAGGCACGUGACUAAUAUGCCUGAUUUGAUCUCUCGUUUGACGGCCAUGACACAAGAGCAAGACGAUAUUGAUUUCAGUGUGGUCUCUAUUGACUUUGAAUCUGACUGUACGCUAGUGAACACAGCUCAUGUAGUCAAGGACUUGGAUAUCCUGAUCGCACCUUAUGGUAAUGGACUAGGCGCUGGUCUGUUUAUGAAGCAGGAUGCUGUGGCGAUUGCUAUCAUGGCCAGGUAUUGGAAUGACGGGUGGUUCAAGUGGCCAAUGACAGCCAUUGGUCGCCGAGUCUUUAAUUUUGAAUGCAAUAGCGAAGCGUGUAAAGAAUACGAAGAGGAGCUAGCACAACACAUCUUGAGUGCAUAUCAUCUUGAACUCAACAAGACACAGAUGCAAGAAUUCUUGACGACCAGCAACCCAGAGCCUCUCUUAGAUAAAUAUAUACCGGGCCUAUCAUGGUAUCCCUUUUUGCAAUACUACAAAGAUGUAAGCCGUAGAUUGGAAAUAGACCGUUUCAUACCAUUUUUGAAGCAAAUCAUGGCUAAUAAGCCACCUAGCAAUGUCUCCUUUGUUGAGUCAUGCAAAACACCCAAUGUAUGUUGUGAUUUAGAUUGUGAAGAACCCUUAGAUAGAAAUGUUUUUGGUGAAAAAAAUGCCUGGCAUUAA